UACUAGCAAUGUAACUUUUCAAAAAACAUCGAUACAUCGACUAUUUAUACAUAUCGAGUGUCACCGUAUAUCGAGCAGAACUAAAAGAAGAAGCAUAAAGAAAUAGAAAAUUCAACAUUUUCAGCGAUUGGCCCAGCCACAACAACAAAUAAACAGAAACGUACGCAAUACACAACAUGUAAGAAAAGAAAUUUCUAAAUUUAAAAAUCAAUAGUUUCUGAAAAUUUACGACAAUUACAAGUGCACUAGAAACUAUUUGUUAAAGCAUCACAGGGUGGACCGAUUGGGGGUGAAAAGUGAAAAUCCUUGGUGGCUCAUACUCAUAACACUACUUUUCACAUCCUUGAAAACGCCUUCAUUAUAUCCGGAGCCACCGUGCUUAGCUAAAUUUGCUAAUGUUGCUGAAGGUGUCAGUGCUCUUGGAGGCAGUGUGCUACAUGUGAAGUGAAACUAUGACGACGGAGAAUAAUAUUCAACGAAUGACGAAACUAGUGAUUGCCGACCAACAAAUACAGCAAAAUUCGCAAACGAGCACACCCGCACCGUCAAGUCAUAAUCAGCUGCCUGGUAAAGUGGUGAUGAGAAAGCAUAACAGCGGCAGCAGUAGUAAUGGCGCAAGUGGCAGCAAAAACUCCCUUAACUAUAAUAUGCAAUUCAAUGAAGUUGGAAACAGUGAGACUCCGAACGACUGUGUCGCUACAUCGCCAACUUCGCCUGGCGAGAUGAGCUCAAACGAACUGCGGCAACUAAAACGCGAAUCAGAUCCUCAAUAUUCACGGUUCGCAGAUUAUUUUGUGAUAUGCGGUUUGGAUUUAGACACGGGCUUAGAGCCUGAUCGUUUUGCAGGUGCGGCAUCUAGCAUUUUAAAUACAUACAUAUGUCCAAACAUUAUGCUAAUUGAUUUCUUAAUUUCUUACACGCUAUUAAAGGUGAUAAUUUGCAUUGUUCGCCUCUUGAUCGAGCCUAUAAGAGUAAGCCGUUGGCACAUUAUCCCGAAAAUGUGCCCUGGAAUCCAUUUGAUGCCCAUGGCAUUUGUAUGCUUUCACUGCCGCAAGGAUUACGUUUUCGCACUCAAAAGCAUGAUAUUGAGCCAAAAUUUCAUUCAUUUGCCACUACCAGAGAAGAUGGGAAACGUUGUUAUGGCUUUAGCGUAGUAUUCUAUGAAGAAAUUCGCAAUCGGAAUAUUUGCAGUGCAAUGCACACAUUGCAGUCCAUGUUUAUAACGGAGUUAUCUAGCGGUCAACAAACCCAUUCUCUUGGACGAAUGAGAGAGAGUCCCGUCAGUCGUUCGCUACCGCGACAUUUUAAGGUGGCCGGACAGUCGCCGCAAUCAGCACAAAGCUACUACGAUAUUACAAAGGACAAAUUAUUUGUCGCCAAAAGUAUUUCGCUAAUUUGUCAAGUUCCGUAUGCAUUCGCUGCUCACGUGUUUCUCAGCAAUUUAUACAAAUGUCUUCCACGCCAACCUGGACCAGGCAUUAGUCUCGAAUCCUAUGUCUAUAAUAUUCUGUAUGAAGUAAUGUUACCACAGCCGGGAAAAUCAAUACGAAUUUACUUGCCUCCUUCUGAGCCGCACUUGCCGCCCUUAGCUGUGGUACUGCAGCGCCCAGAGCCAAGCUCUGAACUGCCAUUACUCGACUUUCCAUUACGAUUGCUAUUUACGUAUCUUGGUGUAGAAUGUGUUAUACAGUUAUUGACCUGUGUUUUGCUAGAAAAUCAAGUCCUUUUGCGCUCAAAUGAUUACCAAAAAUUGAUGAUCGUUGGAGAGUGCAUCACUUCCAUUCUAUUUCCAUUUGUAUGGCCACAUGUGUAUGCCCCAAUAUUGCCCGCUGCCCUCCAUCAUUUUCUAGAUGCACCCGUGCCAUUUGUCAUGGGCCUCCAUGCUGAUUGCGAGUCCGCUAAUAAAAUUGGUACUGAAGCUACUCUUUGCUUUGUAGAUAUCGAUAAGAAAAUUAUACAACUGCCUGAAGAAUUGCCAGUAUUUCCACAUAAAAUCGAUUUCAUGGCAGAAAUAAUAUCCAUUUUGGAUAAAUUCGAAAUAGAACGUGAUCGUUCAUAUGAACCAAUACUGAAAAACGGUUAUGCGUCACGCGAUCACGACGUUAUGAUUAGUAGUUGUACGUUGCCGUCCGGUCUACAAGCGGCACGUCGCAGUAAAGAACGUUUUAGUCAACUGCAAGAGACCGUUUACACGCUGGCCGGUAGCGGUCAUUGUAGUCCAACUGGUGCUGACAACGGCAUCGGUCAUCAUCUCGAAUAUCAACCACUCAUUGCACAUCCUUCGAAAAUCGAACAUGUACCACGCAUUGCCGAUUUUUUGCGGCGAAAAGGUGUACGUACACAGUCACCAAGUGCUGUGUCGCUCAAUGAUGGCACAAGCUUUGAUGCCGUCGACGCAACGAUGUCGCCAACUAAAGCUGCCGCAGCUGCGCGUAAGGAUACAAAGACGACAACUCCUACGUUAUCGCUAGAAGAGCAAUACUACCAGGAUUUGCGCAUAAACAAUGCGUUGCGCGAGACUUUUCUCAAUCGCUUUGUGCAUAUGUUUUACGCUUAUGAAUUUUUCGUCAUCUACCCAAAUCAAGCACGUGACGAAUGGCUUUCAAAUCGAGAGACAUUACAAAAUUUUGAUAAAUCAUCAUUUUUAUCAGAUCAGCCUGAACAUCAUCGCGCGUUUUUAUCGCGCUUUCUAGAAUCUCAAAUGUUUGCAACACUAAUCGACAACAAAAUUUUGGCGAUGUGGGAAAAGGAACCGGAUGCAAAUUUGCGUAUAUUCGACCAGCGCGUGAAACUCCUAAGAAAGAGGCAUGGUGAAAAUAUGAUUUGCGCUACCAGUUAUGAGCCGUGCGUUAUGUCGCAGGAUGCGCAACAGGUAUACGAGAAGCGUUUGCAUUGCAUUGACAUUGAAGUGACACCGCCUAGCGAGAUACUCUCCAAUAGAGCUGCCUACUUUCGCAGCUUUCCCAUACUUGAAAAGUCUGUGCUAAAUCAGGAAUGUGCUUCGAGGGGCAACAGUUUGCGACGUGUAAAGAAUGGCAACAAAUGGCGCGCCAAGGAAAUUUCCAUUGAUCAGAAAUCAACAAAUGCGGUGAAUCGUCUUUCAGCAAACCUGUCGACAGCUGAAGUCAGUCCAGCAUUAUUGGCGCAGGCGAAUUGGACUUUUGUGGAGCGUCUACUUAAAGAUAUCAAGUCGAAAACAAAGCGUAUGCUAUUGGAGAAGAUGGGCACAGAGGCUGUGGCGUUGGGCCUUAAGGGUGACGGUGUUGAGGAAAAUACUCUAAUUGCGUCUUUAUGUGACUUAUUGGAGAAAAUUUGGUCUCAUGGUCUACAAUCCAAGCAAGGUAAAUCGGCAUUGUGGUGUCAUUUGCAGGCAUAUUUGGAGUUGCAGGAUGUACGUGCCAAUAAUAGCACAACAACGACUAUAGCAAAUGUUGCACCCAAAACGAUAGGUGGCAAUAAAAUUAGUAGCGGCAGUUAUUCCAGCACAACACCAGCACUCGCUUGGAAUGUAAUGCGUAAACGCAUGGACUAUUUAUCUACAUUCCAAACGGAUAUCGAUAAUCCACCUAGCCCGAAUCGCAGUCGUUCGCGUGAUCGUAACAAAUUUGUUGGACUCGAGCAACUAUGCCCGUUGCCAGAAUCAUUGGAGUUCGAUGUCAAAAACGUACUGGCAAUGGCAGAUAUUAAGACUCACAUCGGUUACACACGCGCUUGGGUUCGUCUAUCGCUGGAGAAAAAAUUGCUUUCGCGCCAUUUUAGAACUCUACUUUCGGAGGAGUCGUUGCUGCGCUCACUCUACAAACGCAAUGCUUUUCUGCGAUGCGAAGAGGAAAAAGAACAAUUCCUCUACCAUCUACUUACACUGAAUACAGUGGAUUAUUUCUCAUUUACUAACACGUAUCCCACUACAAAACUACCUUAUCGUGUAGUGAUAUUUCCCUCGCGUAAAUAUGGCUCCUAUCACACCUCCAGCAAUGUUUGGAUAAUAGUGUCGGGAACAAUGAACGAGACGCAGCGUGUGCCUGUGCCUAAAGGAUCUUUGGAGUUUAUUUUUCAUUAUAAGAACCUCGGUUUAUUAACAACAAUGCGCAUUGGCCACGAUAACUCUGGGCCGUCACACAAAUGGCUAGUGGAACAUGUAGUUAUGCGUAAUGAAGCUACCAGCCACACAUAUAAAUUUCCUUGUGGUCGCUGGCUUGGCAAAGGCGUCGACGAUGAUUCUACCGAACGUUUACUCGUGGGGCAACGCGUUUCCACCAAUUCUAAGAAUGCUGAGUUGCCAACUGCUACUCAGACACCACCACGCACGCGUAGUCCAAGUGUACAACGGCAGGAUACAGUGCCCACCUCGGAGUUGCAACACCAGUUGGGCAAUUGUGUGAAUGUUAUUGUAAAAUGGCAUUAUAAACCAAGUCGUGAUCGCGAUGUUGGCACCUUGACAAAUUUACUUUGCGGAGAUGACGGUUUGGUGAAAUGUCUAGAGUGUAUUUUCUUAUGUGGUUUUCGCUCGACUCGUUUCUUCGGCAAAAAUCUUUAUAUAUGGGACUAUUUUACUAAAAUUAAAGAGCAAUUCGAGCAGUACAUGCAACACGAACAGCAACAACAAAUGCAGCAGCAUUUGGAUGACUCUGCAUCAAGUGUGGAUUCAUCAUUUAGUGAUGGUAGCGGCGCAAACAGUUUGCAAAGGCGUGAAUUGUCGGCCAUUUGGCGUUACUAUGUGCAUUUGAUGGAUGAAAUAAAUGCGGCCGGUAGUCAAUUGGGCAAGGAUGGCAAAUUUCAAUUGCUCAUAUGCCUGAGUUUGCGCGAACAUUUACUAACGCGCAUGAUCAAGCCCAUGGCUAUGACGAAGGUCACGCACGAGAUGUACGAAGAGGAAAGUUUUCUUCGACGCAAAAAUUUACUCACGUUUUUAAUUCAAAUACUCGAACCACUGGAUGAUUGCCACAUUGUGCUGGAAAAUUCAAUUACUCAAGGAAUUCCAUCACAAUGUUAAUUUAAGUAUAAACUAAAAUCGCACACAUGUACAAUUCUAAGUAAGCGAUGCAUGCGCAUAGCUGUCUGAUUGAAUCCUAAAAAAAAAAGAGAACACAAAUGAUCUGUGAACUAGUUUUUUUGUGCAGCUAAUGAAACAAGUCUUGUCCGUAGUCCCGUUUUGUAAAAAAAUUAUAUUUACGUAUACAUAUGUACACUUGCUUAUUUUUACAAAUGGUCAAACUAUUGUUUAAAUAUUGUAAUAUAGUACAAGUAAAUCAACUUCUUGCCCAGUAACGCAAACCAAAGACUUCCGGCGCGAUUAUAAACUUUUUUGUUGUUGCAUUUUAUUUAUAAAUAUAUUUAUUUAACUAUUAUUUUCUUAUUAUAAAUGUGAGGCAAAGAAACAAAGACUUAAGAAAAGACAUUUCGUUUGGAAAUUAAGAGUGUUGUGGAAUUUGUUGUGCAAUUAAUACUUAGUAGUUCAUAAGCCAAAAAUUCGCAGACCCAAAAGUUAAAAUGUUUGUAAAAUGCGUUAGAAAAACUACAUUCGCACUGUGUCAAAUACUUAGUGUAAAUUUUUCUUUUUUCAUUUACGGCAUUUGUUUGCUUUCAUAUUUAUUCAUAUAAUUAUAAAUUAAACAAACUAUUUCCUUAAUAUACCAAAGAUAUUUUGCUGUAUACUCACAAGUUUAUUUAAUUUUUUUCCUCAUUAUAUUAUACACAAAAUUGUGUAACACAGCUAUUCCUUUGUAUGAGAUUAUUUACAUUUUUAUAUGAUGGUGAUUUUAAUUUUGGUUUUUCAUUUACAUAUCUAUGU